CUUCCAUACCCAUCUGUGGGCGGUUGUUGUAUGGGGCCACUCCUCCACUGUCAGCGCCGCCGCUUCUGCUGCUGCGGGGCUGGAGCUCAAUCCGCUCACUAGACCUCCAACAGUAACAGGAGCAGCGAUCGGACCGGAGAAUGAUCGCUGUCCGGAGAACAUAGAUGUGCAAAGCCCCUGGAAUACCCGAGCGCUGGAGAGGCCAGAAACAACAGCCGUGGAGGACAGCCUUCAUUUAAGAUUCAAAAGGGAAAGACCUACGGUGAAGCCAUGGCGGUAGAAGAAGAAGGUCUCCGGGUUUUUCAGAGCGUUAAAAUAAAAAUAGGGGAAGCAAAAAACAUCCCUCCAUAUCCAGGGCCGAACAGGAUGAGGGAUUGUUACUGCACCGUUAACCUGGACCAAGAAGAGGUCUUCAGGACCAAGAUCGUGGAAAAGUCACUUUGUCCGUUCUACGGGGAGGAUUUCUACUGCGAGAUCCCGCGCAGCUUCAGACAUCUCUCCUUCUACAUCUUCGACAGGGACGUCUUCAGGAGGGACUCCAGCAUUGGCAAGGUUGCCGUGAAGAAAGAGGACCUGCAGAAAUAUCAUGGGAAAGACACUUGGUUCCAGCUGCAGCCUGUCAGCGCUGACUCAGAAGUGCAGGGAAAGGUACAUCUGGAGCUGCGCCUGAGUGAAGUCAUCACAGACAGCGGAGCGAUCAUCCAUAAACUGGCCACACGCGUUUUGGAGUGCCAAGGCCUUCCAAUCGUCAAUGGACAGUGUGAUCCCUACGCUGCUGUUUCCUUACUAGGUCCUUCAAGGUCAGAGGCCAAGAAGACCAAGGUUAAGAGAAAAAACAACAAUCCCCAGUUUGAUGAAACGUUCUACUUUGAGGUUACGCGGCCACUGAGUUACACGAAGCGACAGUUUGAUGUUGAAGAGGAGGACGUUGACAAAUUGGCACUGAGGGUGGAUCUGUGGAAUGCCAGUAACCUAAAGUUUGGGGACGAGUUCCUGGGUGGGGUUCGAGUCCCUCUGCGGGUUUUGGGCCAAGCUGGAGUGCACGACGCCUGGUACUUUCUGCAGCCUCGGGAGAACGGAGGGAAGUCCGUUAAGGUGGAAGACCUUGGCUCUCUGCGUCUGAACAUUGUUUACACCGAGGACCACGUCUUCCCUUCUGAACACUACACUCCCCUCAGAGAUCUGCUGCUGCAGUCUGCUAACGUCGAGCCCGUGUCAGCGUCCACUGCGCACGUAUUGGGGGAGGUGUGUCGAGAGAAGCAGGAAGCCGCCAUCCCGCUCGUGCGUCUCUUUCUUCAUUACGGCAAAAUAGUGCCUUUCAUCAGCGUCAUCGCUCAUGCAGAAAUCAACCGCACACAGGAUCCAAACACCAUUUUCCGAGGAAACUCGUUGACUUCUAAGUGUAUCGAUGAGACCAUGAAGCUGGCUGGGAUGCACUAUUUGCAGGUUACGCUUAAACCAAUCAUAGACGAGAUCUGCACAGAACACAAAUCCUGCGAAAUCGACCCCGUCAAGCUCAAAGAGUCGGAGAACUUGGAGACAAACAGGGAAAACCUCCGCCAUUACGUGGACCGCAUCUUCAGCGUCAUCACCAGCUCUGGCGUCCGCUGUCCCACUGUCAUGUGCGACAUCUUCUUCUCUCUGAGGGAGUCCGCUGCCACUAGGUUUCAAGUUGACCCAGAUGUUCGAUACACAGCAGUGAGCAGCUUCAUCUUUCUGCGUUUCUUCGCACCCGCCAUCCUCUCACCAAACUUAUUCCACCUACGGCCCCAUCACCCUGAUCCCGUCACCUCAAGAACCCUCACCCUCAUCUCCAAGACAAUACAGACUCUUGGAAGUCUCGCCAAGUCUAAAUCUGCCAAUUUUAAAGAGUCCUACAUGGCUGCAUUUUACGACUACUUCAAUGAGCAGAAAUAUGCAGAUGCUGUGAAGAAUUUUCUGGACCUGAUCUCCACUUCCGGCAAAUGGGAUCAGAAGAGCAUUGAAACACCAAUCAUGCUCAAGGAGGGGAGUGUAAAAGUCACUAUAAAGAGGGUUGAUGGGAAGGGGUCUAAAGCCCCAAAGGGCAGAUUUAUGAUAAAGAGAGCUCAGGGCAGAAAUCGGUUUGGAAUGAAGAACUUCAAGAAAAGGUGGUUCCGUCUCACCAACCACGAGUUCACCUAUCACAAAACAAAAGGAGAGGGAGCUCUGUGCAGCAUUCCUAUAGAGAACAUAUUGGCAGUGGAGAGGCUAGAAGAGGAGUCUUUCAAGAUGAAAAAUAUGUUCCAGGUUAUUCAGCCAGAGCGAGCACUCUACAUCCAGGCCAACAACUGUGUGGAGGCCCGAGACUGGAUAGACAUCCUGACCAAAGUCAGCCAGAGCAACCGCAAACGUCUGAGCACCUACCAUCCUUCAGCCUACCUCAACGGCCACUGGCUCUGCUGCAAGCUGUCUGCAGACACAGCCCCCGGGUGUACGCCCUGCACAGGUGGCCUACCUGCGAACAUCCAGCUUGACGUAGACGGAGACAGAGAGACUGAGAGGAUUUACUCCCUCUUCAGCACAUACAUGACCAAACUGAUCAAAAUGCAAGAGGCCUGCGGAAGUAAGUCCGUGUAUGACGGGCCUGAACAGGAGGAGUAUUCUACCUUUGUCAUCGACGACCCCCAGGAGACGUACAAAUCCCUGAAGCAGAUCAUUUCAGCUGUACAGACGUUGGAGCAGCAGCACACCAAGUACAAACGGGACAAGUUCAAGAAGACCAAGAUAGGCAGCCAGGAGCAUCCAAUCGGAGACAAGAGCUUUCAGUGCUACAUCCGCCAGCAGUCUGAGAACACCACCUACUCUAUCUAGCAGCAGCUUGGCAUAUUUUUUUCUGUUCUGCCCAGAACCAGCAUAUUUUAUCAUUACUGCGAGAAAGGCCAACUCUAAAGCAACCCAGUGUCUGGUAAUGAGUUGGAAAUCUUUUUCUUCUUAAGAAGGUAAAAAAGAGCAGGUGCAUCCAAGCCAAAUAUUUUUUCACAGACAACUCUGAAGCUGGUUUGGCAACAGGGAUCCUCUGAUUUACUGAUAUGUUCAGUUUUUAAGGAAACCUUCAACCAGACUUAAAGCUGUGUUGUGUUGACUGGGCAUCCUUCUCGCAGCGUCUCUAAGCAUAUUUCUGCAAAUUUGGAGAAACUAACCUCAGAUCAGUGGGAAGAAGGAAGGGAUGGAAAAGCUGAGAUAUUCACAACACACUGUAUUCAGACCUGGUGUCCUUUCUGUGAUGCGACAAGAAAAAACUAAAAACAUUUUACUGGACACUUUUGACGGUGACCAACACGCACUUUAAUUGCCUCCAGAUCCAUGGAUGAACAAGCCUCGCAGCACACUUUGAACAUCCUCUUUUAUCUGUUUCAUUUUAGUUUUUUUUUUUAUUGGUUGUUGAAAUGUUUAGUUGCAUUUCACCUCCAACAGACCAAACUUAAGAAGGACGAAAUAACAAAAUAUUUUUUCUGUUUGGGUGAUUUUGUCCUUAUGCACUUGAGUUUUUUUGUGUUAUUGUUCUGUUUUAUCCCAGGUCCCCUCUGUAAGGCUGCGGGUGUCAAGGGGAUAAUCGAAGGGAUCACUGGGACCAAGAAGAUCUGAAAGCAGCUUGACAUGAGCUGUAAAUUCUCACUCCACACACAAUUGUAUCUUUCUUUUUAAUCUUUAUCAUCAUGGUAAGCCUGGUUUAGGUCAGAUCGGUUGUCACAUACAUGUGUGACCUGUAUGGAGGGUAGCAGAGAAGAGUUUAGGUGUUUUUAGCUGCUUACACAGAGUCUUUGUGUGCUCUAAAAUAAUUUGACAGCAUUCAAACAGCAGAGAACUGGUUUUGGUUUUUGUCCACAAUGUUCCAGGUACUCUUAACUCAAAUCCUUAACAUCCUUUAUGAAUUAUACUUUAUUUUUUGAUUGGCCCAAACAGGGACUAGAAUCAGAAACAAUGUGACCACAGUCAUAUAAAUUCUUCAGAGAAUUAAAAGUAAUUACAUAAAAUGGGAGAAAUGCAUUUUAUAUAUUAAUAUAUCUCCAUAUUUUAGCAAAUUACGUAACUAGCAUAAGAAAAAAGCUGAAUAGUUCAAUAAAACAGUUUCUGGAACCUUCUAAGCGCCUGUGGAUCUGGAGCCCAUUUAGUAAAACAUAUUUUUCAGGCACAGAAACACAUUUGUUCAUUCCUGAAAUGUUGCUUUCACACUAACGUAACUUUUAUACAUUAACAAAAUUCAGAAACAAAAUUGUUUAGCCCUCUUUGCUUCAGGUCUGUCUCCACCACUCUUCUUCCCAUUCAGAGGAUGCUCUUCUUUAUGAUAAUCUCUGUAAAAGAUGUAAUAUUGGCUUAUAGAGUCAAGUUCUUACAAACAGCAGUAGGAGGGAACCAAGAAACUAGAUGUGAAUCUAGGUUAAUGGAUGACCUUUUUGUGUAUUACUAACAGUGCAUGGUGAAGUUACUUCAAGUUACUUGGGAUAAGUUCACCUCUAGAAAUCAACCUUUUGGCCAAUCUCACAUGCUGCUUUGGCUGGAAGGUUUUCUCACUCUGUGUAGGUAGCUAAAGCCACAUUACUAUUGUUGUGACAUGCAGGGACAGUGUUAGAGAAACGUCAUUACAAAGAUUUCUUUUCCUUCCUAUUAUUCCAUAAACUAACAUUUUAUCCAGUUUAACACAAGCUGUAAUUUUGUGGUUCGUGUGGAGUUGAUUUGGGCUGCCAUAAAGUUGCAGUCCUUCUGUUCCUUAGGUCCUUUAGGAGAAAUCACCUCCUUCUUGUCCUCUUCCUCCCCUUGUGUUCUGAUGUAUAUUUUGUGCAUUCCUCUGAGAAGCUGUCCGCUGUGAAUCUUACCGGACCGCAGCUCAGAAUCCGUCGAAGGUACAGGUUUUAUUGUUCUUGCGUGGUUCUUUUUGUCGCUCCACGCUUUCCGAAGGCGGCCACUCUGAGGUACGCUCUCAUUCUUGCCAAACCUGUGCAUACAAAGUGUAGCUGUUGCCCUGAUGGUCUCUUUGAAAAAAAAAAAAAGAAGAAGCAAAUUUUGUAUUUUCUACACCUCAGUUCAUGUAUAUUUAGCCUCACAGGUGUUCCUAUGAAUACAGGAUCCCAACCAGUGCCAGUCAUGAUGUUUCUAAAAUCAACUUUUUAAAAAGCAAUCAAAAAAUAUUAUUUAGAUAUAAUUUUUUUCUUACUUAGCCUAAACGGUUUUUAAAAAGUUGACCACUUAUUCAAACAAUAUUCUUCUUCUCUGCAAUGAACGUGGUGAAUUUUAAGGAAGCUCCUUGUUUUCUAUCUUGCCAUACACAAACCUUGAACUGAAUGACUGAAUUGUUAGUGUGUGUGAGUAUUUUUGUGGUGUUUUAAUGAUGAAUUUUAUUGCCAAUUAAUUUAAACCUUGUGUUACAGGUCAUUUAUUAAAAACAACCACUGCCCGCAAUUAUACUAAAGACACUAUUGUCCCACUCUGGCCUGAUUUAGUGCUCCUCUAUUGUAGAUCCUUUAUUAUUCUCCUCUAAAAAAAAAAAAAAAAAAGAAAAGAAAUCGUUUGCCAAUAAAUGAUCCCAACUGAAAUAUUGAGACAACAGUGUUGCUUUAACUUCUGAACUGUUUUUCCCUUCAGUUGCUAAUUUUCCUCAGGUGUAUGAGAGUCAUAUUUAUUAUAAUUUUUCAGUAAAAAGUCUGCUGAGGUAGUGCAGCUUUGGCAGUUACAGUAAGAGCACCUCCUCUAUCCCGAAAGCCCCCCCUCCCAAAAAAAAAGGGGGGGGGGGGGCUGAAUUAUGCAAUAAAGAAGAUAUGCAAUAAUACACAAAACACAAAUCAACAGUUCACGCCUGCUGACCUUUUGCAGGAAAAUGCCUCUAAUAACAGAGAAAUGGUAUAAAGGGAGAACAGUGUAUUUUGUACAAAUAUUUUAAAAGUAUUAAAGUGUGUUAAAUGUGUACAUACAACAGCUGAAUGAAUGGUGCAAAUGUGAUGUGUUUUUUUUCCUGAAUAACUAAAUGAAUACAAUAUUAAUGUAAA